AUGUCUGCUGAGGAGACAGCCACUCCCACGGAUUCCCGUGCGGGAACUACGGCGCCUGAGUCGGUCAUUCCUUCGUCGCCACUGACCGAGGCGACUGAGGCCGAAGACUCGAAGCCUUCUGAUAAUAAAGAUGACAACUCUAAAGCAGAUUUGACUGAUUCAGAUGACAUUGAGGAGAUGGAUACCAAGGCCAAGGCCUUGAUGCACUUGUUGAAAACGAGCUCAGUCUUUGUCGCCAUCAUGUCAGAUAAAAUGAAAAAGCAACAAGAAGACGCGCGCUUGGCGGCAAUCAAGCACCACGAGCAAACUGUCGCGAGUGAGAAGAAAUCCAAAUCUCCCCCUGAACCUGCUCACCGGACCACUCGAACUCGAACAAACCAAGAUGCGACGGAGAAGGGAUACAAACCAACCGGUGGACAGGAUGCCGAAAAGCCUUCGGCAUCCACCAGAGGCCGUCCUAAGCGAGCAGCGGCCGCCAAUGGCAACCCUAUUUCCAGUUACUUUAAAAAGGCCGAUGUGGAAGUGACUGAAGAAAACCCCUCUGUGCAGCAAGCCCUUGAGAAGGCUGCAGAUGACUACGAAGCGAAUCCCAAAGCUCUUGGUGAGCAGGACUUGGUCGCGACACAGCAGCCAACACUUGUGACUGGUGGCAAAAUGAGAACAUACCAGCUGGAAGGCCUCGAGUGGCUGAAGACUUUAUGGAUGAAUGGGCUUUGUGGCAUUCUUGCCGAUGAGAUGGGUCUUGGAAAGACCGUUCAAGCAAUCUCAAUGAUUGCUUUCUUGAAAGAGAAGAACGUUUCAGGGCCAUUUUUGAUCUCAGCACCGCUGAGUACGGUGAGCAAUUGGGUAGAUGAGUUCGCCCGAUGGACACCGGGCAUUAAAACCAUAUUAUACCACGGCUCCAAAGAUGAGCGCGCUGCCAUGCGCAACAAGUUCAUGAAGAUGAAAAACCAGGGAGACAUGGACUUCCCGGUGGUCUGCACGUCUUACGAGAUUUGCAUGAAUGAUCGGAAGUUCUUGGCGCAAUAUCAAUGGCGUUACAUCGUUGUCGAUGAGGGUCAUCGUCUCAAAAACAUGAAUUGCAAGCUCAUCAAAGAGCUUUUGACCUAUAACUCAGCCAAUCGUCUUCUCAUUACCGGAACACCCCUUCAAAACAAUAUCUCAGAGUUGUGGUCACUUCUACAUUUCUUGCUCCCUGAGGUUUUCAACGAUCUCAACUCCUUUGAGGGCUGGUUUGAUUUCUCCUCUGUGCUGGACAACCAGGGCCAGGCAGAUGUUAUUGAAAAACGCCGGCGUAACCUAGUUACCAGCAUGCACGCCAUCCUCAAACCCUUCCUUUUGCGUCGUCUAAAAACAGACGUGGAAACCACGCUUCCCAAGAAGCGGGAGUACAUUUUGUACGCACCUCUGACCCCUGAACAGAAAGAUCUCUAUCGAGAGAUCAUCAAUGGUACAGGCCGCCAGUACCUCGAGGGAAAGGCCCUGGAGCGUCUGGAAACUAAGAAUGGCAGCUCUAAACGCUCGCAAAGUACGAAGCGCAAACGGAAUGGCAACGAUGAUGCAACGCCAGUCAAGAGUGCUAGAUCUAGCGGGACAUCCACGCCGGCUAGUAAUGGAAAUAACUCUGACCGCCGUCGCCGACGCAGCACGCGUCAGAGUUACAAUGAUCUAAGCGAAGGCGAAUUUGAUGAGCAUUUGCGCAAACUCGAGCUGGGAAUUGAAGAAGAGGAAAAGAAGAGCGAGCCCAGCGAUACUGAGCUUGAAGAGAUGCAACAGGCUGAGAAUCUGAAGCUUGCUAAGAAAGAGAUUGGGCAAAAGAAGAUGCAAAACCCCGUCUUGCAGGCUCGUCUUGCCUGCAACUCCCCACACAACUUUUACUGGCCGUGGAUGGACGAGUCCUCCUCUGUAGACGAAACACUCGUCUCCGCCUCCGGAAAGAUGCUUUUGUUGGACCGCUUGGUCUCGUGUUUGCUUAAGAAAGACCAUAAGAUUCUCAUUUUCUCUCAGUUCAAGACACAGCUUGAUAUCAUUGAAGAGUGGGCAACCACACUCCGCUCCUGGGAGUGUUGCCGAAUCGACGGCGCCAUUGCACAAUCAGAUCGCCAGGCUCAGAUCAAAGAUUUUAAUACCAAGAAAAGUCACAAGCUCUUCCUCCUGAGCACCCGAGCUGGUGGUCAAGGAAUCAAUCUCACAGCCGCCGACACCGUCAUUAUUUUCGACUCGGAUUGGAACCCCCAGCAGGAUCUCCAGGCCCAGGAUCGAGCUCACCGCAUUGGCCAGACCAGGCCAGUGAUUAUCUACAGAUUGGCGACCAAGGGUACCGUUGAGCAGACACUCCUUGAGAAAGCGGAUUCCAAGCGCCGUCUCGAGCGUCUGGUGAUUCAGAAGGGCAAAUUCCGCUCUUUGCUAGACCCCAGUGCGAAUUCCCAGGAUAUAGACGAAUUGCGCAAGGUUCUUGGUCAGAAUGAGUUCGAGCGGUUCGAAGUCGGUGUUGACCCUGCCUCGAUCUUGUCGAAUGAAGAUCUGGACAUCUUGACCGAUCGUUCCGAAGAGGCUUACCUGCGUGCUGAGAAGGGUUUGGAUAAAAAAGGGGCUGCGUUUAUUGCUGUUGAAACGAAGCGCGAUUCUGGUGAGAGCAUUCUCUCUUGA